AUGGGAAAACAUAUAUCCAGCGCACAGGCAAGGGAUAUUGUGCAGAAACUGGGGGAGAAAUGGGGCCUCCCCGACGCUACUAUGAUGACGGCGAUCGAGGCCUGGAACCCUGAAUAUCGUCGUGCGCUGGACCGCACCUUCCUGUCUCUGGAGAACGCAGCCUCCCAUUCUAUCAAGACAUUGGCCAAGGAACUGUAUGGCAGCGACGCACGCUUCGUGUUCGAGCUGCUGCAGAACGCCGAUGACAACAAAUUUUCUGAAGCAGCCAAAAGAGCCACAGCUCCAUACAUUACCUUCAAGGUUUAUCGCUCAAAGAUCAUAGUGGAGUGCAAUGAAGACGGCUUCACCGAACGCGACUUGACGGCGAUUUGCGACGUUGGUCAGAGCACCAAGUCGACCGAGUACGGCUACAUCGGCGCCAAGGGAAUUGGUUUCAAAUCAGUCUUCAUCGCGGCCUCAAAAGUCUACAUCCAGUCCGGCAAUUUUUCUUUCAAAUUUGAGCACAAAAAAGAGGAUCCAGGACUUGGCAUGGUCAGGCCGAUCUGGGUCGAGCCUGCGGAAGAACUGCCUGGCCCGCUCACUCGCAUGACACUGUGGUUACACGACGAUGAGGCAGACGCUGAUGACCUGCGUGAGAUCAUUGUCAAUCAGCUGGACAGCCUACAAGAGUCUUGCCUGUUGUUUCUCAAGAAUUUGCAGCGUAUUCAGGUUCAGCACUAUGGCGAUGAAGAUCUGCUUCUCAAGACAACUCGGUUUGCGAAGAACAAGUUUGACGAAUAUCGCACUAAGCUCACACGCAAUAUUGUUACCGUGGUUGGCGACACCACGACAUGCGAAGUUUAUCAUGUCACGAAGCAGAAAGCUCGGGACCUGGCGGAGAGCGUCGGCCGCACUACAUCGGGUUCCGCGACAGCGAUGGCCGGUGUUUCAUCGGCAGAAGUCAUCUUGGCAUUUCCACUGAAUGAGUUGUACGAACCAAAAUGCGAUUCCCGACAAGAAUUAUUUGCUUUCCUACCCCUUUGCUUUCAUGACUACAAGUUUAUUAUCCAAUCGGACUUUGAUACUACAGGCAACCGCCAAGGAAUCAUUGUCACAUCUAAGCGCAACUGCGAACUGAGAAAAUGGAUCGCGACUGCAUUUGUAACCGCUGUUCUCGAAUUCUGUCAGCAUCCGACUUUGUGCUACCAAUGGCCGGUGUUCUUACCAAAUUCGGACGAAAACACCUGGGAUGAUUUCUGGGCCGGUCUUAACGCCGAAAUUAAGCAGAGACUGGCCGAAGCGCAGAUUUUGAAGUCGCGGUCACUGCAUCAGCUUCGACGCAUUGACGACGUUCGGCGCGUCCCAAGUGACUUCCAUGUCAAUGGCGAGCCACUAUUCAACGACGAAGAGAAAGACAUCUUUAUAUCUUCAAAGUAUCUUCCCAAGUUACAGAGAAUUUUGUCAGGAUACGGGUUAAAGCUUGCUCACUGUGGUGAGCUUUUAAACUUGGUUGAGCAGGAUAUGCAAAGCCAAGAACCACGCAUGCACAGUGAAGCAUGUCCUGAAGAAUGGCAUUCCGCGGUUUCACUUCUCCUUGGCUCUUUUAUUGAAAAGGGCUGGUUAGUUGAUAGACUUCGGUCGCUUCCAUUGCUGCCAUUAAGCAACGGAAAGUGGACGAGCGCGAACGCCUCCACUGUCUACUUUCCGGUUGCUGAGGGCAUUCCCAUCCCCCUUAAGCUAGAACUGGACAUUCUUAGUCAAGACGGGUGUCAGAACCGCCAUCGAAUGGACUUAUUUCGUCUUUUAGGGGCUUCCGAGGCUAGCAUUGGGUUCAUUCAAUCGUCCAUCAUUCGUCUGAAUGCUAAGCAGUCACAACAGUUCUACUCAGAUAUCCGAGCACACCUACAUUUUUUAUAUCGCACACAUCGUCACUCAUCGUCAAAAAUGAGUUCUGCUCAGAUUUUUAUUGUUACAAAUGACAAUAAGUGGACUGCAGUGCAACGAAAUGACAUUUAUCUCUGGUCUUCCACAGAUCCAUACAGCGCAAGGGUCCUGCUGGCAGAAACGAGCCCAGAUUCCGGCAUCGAUGUCAAGUUUACACUAGAUAUAUACAUGCUGGAAGUCCCAAGUCUGCCGUCUUCGGAUCAUCCAACUUGGGAAAGAUGGCUCUAUGACUUUGUAGGGGUACGAGAGCGUCUGCGUCUCGUGGCCCCGAACGGGAAUGAUCUCUCUGACGCCUUGUCGUUCGUGCUGCAGCAUCGCCUCGAAUCCUUUUUGGGAUUAUUGGAACAUGUAUGGAACCAUGAAGCUUCGCAAUUGCUUGCAAAUCGCGUCUGGAUGCGGAAAAUGCGCGGAAUUGAGGCAUCAGACCUAUGUCAAGUCAAGUAUAGUGUCACAUUGCAGGAUACUUGGCUCCCACACAAGGCGCUCAAAGCAAAGGUCGAGCAGUACAUCUCCGAUGAUGAUGGUGGUUACGGUUUCCCAUUCCUCGAUAUGGUGCCGUCGGAUGCGACGGGGCAGUUGGACCCUAAAUGGGGAUUUUUAUCCAACAACUUUGGAGUGGGCUCGGAAGACAGUCUCAAGUUCUAUUUGGAAAUUUUGAAGUCUAUUGAACGAAUUAAUGAUGUCUUUAGAGACCUUUCACUUGGGCAAUUUCAGCGUAUUUACGAUCUCUAUGUUGUCAUCGCCAUGAAGCAUGCCGUCGAAAACGAUUCAGUUGCCGCAACGAAAAGCCUCAAAGAGUUUUUCGAGGACAGCUGCAUCUUUGCUUCUGAUUCGGAAGACACAAUGAAAGGAGGUUUAUAUGAUUACGUGUGGCGUGGUCCACUCAAGAUGCGGAAGAGGCCAGCGCUGCAGCCUCUCUACCAGAGAACGGUCGGGGACAAGCUUGCUGUCAUCGAGCAGCUAUUUCACCAAACACUGGAGAUUCCAUCCGCAUCAUUAGAUGAUAUCAUCGAAGAACUUAAAGCUAUCCGAGAAGACGAUGAAGGCACUGAGAAUAUUAUGGAGCUUUACAAGUACUUGGACAAAUCGAGGUACUCAGUCACCAAGAUGAGCUCUGCGUUUAGAAACAACGCCCUCAUCAUGGUAGAGUCGCAGGGCCAGCGCGGCUGGUACAAGACCUCGGACACACUGUGGUCCAGCUCGGCACCAAUUCGCGGAAAGGUGACGCUCGACGCUCACUAUGAGGAUCUGGAGAGCUUUUUUGUCUCCAAGAUGGGCGUCAAAUCUCUCACCCUCGACAUGGUUUACGAUGAGCUAGUACAAGCGCCACAGAGCAUGUCGAUGGAUGAUAUUACAGUCUCGCUGCUGGCACUGUCCAAUCUUCUUCGGGACGAGAGCGCGGCGCGCGGCCCGGAUCCCCUGAGAGGCGCAAAGAUCUUCCCUGUUAAAUACGGAAACAAUGAGCCGGUUCUGCGGUCUGCUGAGGCAGAUUUCGCGAUUGCCGACCGUGUACAUCUUCAAGAGCACUUUGGCGGUAAAGUUGCGCUGCUGAAUUUUGACCUGGAAGAUAUUCACCGAUUGCGUCCGCUUCUUUCAUGGCUCGGACUCGAGAGUCGCUUUUUGUCGAAUAGCGUACGAGAGAUUACCUCGGUGCCGCCAGAAUCGGGCAACAUAGUCAUGGCGUCCGGCAGAGAUUUGCACCGGAAAGCCUAUUACAUCCUUCGCGUGGCCGCUACCUACGGCAGUCCAAAGUACCAGGACGAUCCAGACGAACUGUACCAACUCCUGCGCGAUGCCGAGACACUAGAGACUGACGACAUGCACGUAACGCUCCAGCUGUCGCAGAACGGCAAGACCAUCCCUAUUGAGGAUUCCUCGCCCAAUAUCCACAUUGGUGAGUCGAAUUCGGGGCUCAAGUUUUACUUGCCCAAGAAGAAGAAAGUGCAAUCGAUUGCCUUCUCGUCUGUGCUGCCCCGAAAGCUCCUGUGGUGGCUCAAGGGAUAUCCAGACGGGCGCGUGGAAGAUCGCGAGGAUGUUGCUGCGAUUAGCGCUCUCUCCCUGGUUUUGUCGUGCGAUGUCCGGGUUCUGGAUGAGAUUUUAACUCGCCAGGGAAUACUACAAACUGAUGUGGAUAAUGUCGAUGAGUUUGAUGACGACAGCGACGAUGAUGACGAGGAGGACGACGGUGACCUGACGCCUGAUGCACAGAGCCAGACUGAGACGCUUACCGAAGAGACGGCUCAGAGCCACAUGAGGGGAGAACGGGCUGCAUUUUCUGAGCCUCCGCUGCGUCCACAGCUCAGGGAUUCUUCCAAUCUUGGCAGCUUUUCUCCCCAGAGAUUUAUGCAGGAACCAUCGUUUACACCGGAUCUCUUCUCCACCACGCAAACAUGGCACCUACCAACUUCGUCGCUGGUGACGGGGGGCAAUGACCGGUAUCGUGCUAUUUUGGAGCGUGUCGUCAAUUCCGCGAGGGUAGCUUCAUUCCCUUCACGAGGUUCACCCGGUGUAUUCAACAUGGAUAGCUUGCGAGGGGCGCUAUUUGACGAUGCUGGAACCUCUAGCUUCCACGGUUAUGAGGUCGGACAGGCAUACAGUUCCAACACUCAGCAUGAGCGCGAUCUGAAGGUCGGAGCAGCGGGCGAGCUCUAUGUUUUUGAACUUUUGUCUUCGCUUCAUCUGCCUGGCUGGGGCCGCAACAACUGGCAGAGUAGGAUUCGGACGUGGGUGAAUGUGCAUCCAGACUAUACUGACCUUGAACCAUGGAAUAAUCGGGAGACGUCCGAUUUCGUGUAUGACGAUACGACCGGAGAAUUCACCGCGCACUUGGUUGACCGUGGCUAUCUGUCUUCCGCGGAGUGGGAAGGCGCGCGCCCCAAGUACUUUAUUGAAGUCAAGUCGACAACCAGCGACUGCGGCACACCGUUUUACAUGAGCGGUAACCAGUACGAUUUGAUGCAGAGUAAGCACCAGAGCCAAGACCGAUCAGAAGUAUACAUGAUUCUGCGGGUGUUUGGUUUGAGAGGGUCGUUGGGGAUGUGCGCCUAUCUCGACCCGGAGGAGUUGCGACAGAACGGGCAGCUUUUGUUUACGGUACCAAAUUGGUCCGUUGUGCCAGCGUGA